GCCGCAUGCUAGUGUUCAAGAUGGAGUCAGUCAAUAAAGCUGGACAUCUUAUGAGUUUAGCGGCUCUACAGCAAUAUGAUCCCUAUAUUAACAGGCUUCUCGACGUUACCGGACAGGUAGCGCUGUAUAAAUUCAACUCAAAGGCAAAUGAAUGGGAAAAAACUGACAUUGAAGGCACCUUAUUUGUUUAUGCCAGGUCAGCAUCACCCCAUCAUGGUUUCACCAUUAUGAAUCGUUUAAGCACAGAGAACUUGGUGGAACCAAUCAAUAAAGACUUGGAAUUCCAACUUCAGGAUCCUUUCCUCCUUUACCGGAAUGCCAGCUUGGGCAUCUACAGUAUCUGGUUCUAUGACAAGGCUGACUGCCAGCGCAUAGCACAGCUGAUGGUACAGAUAGUGAAGCAGGAGGCGCUAAGGGCUGAACAUGCCUCCCCAAAUCGAGGCAGAGCAAAUGGGUGCAUUGAGACCAGACCAAUGGAUAUCCUAGAGCUGCUUAGCAAGGCCAAGGAGGAAUACCACAGGAGUCAGUCCACUGAUACAGAUCUACAGGUAAACUCAGAUGUGGCUUACACUCCAGAGCCAGUCAAAACAGAGAGCUCGAAGCCCACGGUUAUCACUUCUCAACAUGAGAAGGCCGCCCAUGGUGUCAUAAAGCAGAUCACAGUAGAAGAGCUGUUUGGCAGCUCCUUACCCAAAGACCCGGCACCUCUAGCUUCCGGCCACAAUCCCAGUGAUCCUGCCCCAGCCGAUAGCUUCCUCCGUGGGCUAACCUACGCUCCUCCCCCCCUCCCCCUGGAGCCGCUCCUCACCCCUCGCCUCACAGCUGACCCUGGGGGCCCGGGCCUGGUGCCCCUCCUCAAGGCUGGAGGCCCCAGAGAUCCGCUGCACUCCGUUCCCCCCAGGCUGAUGGCCCCGAGUGGUGCCGAGGGCGUCCCCACGCUCGUCUGUCCGCAAGGAGCCCCUGCCCCUCAGGCGGCACCCCGGUAUGUGAACCCGCUGAAGGGUGACGGGCACGGCAUGGCCAAGCCAGCGGCAGUGCCGGGCUUCAUUCCCACCACGCUGGUCACGCCACAGAGCUUCCGGGAGCCCUCGCCCAAAGCUCCAGCAGUUUUCACUAGCAAGACCUCGCCGUGCGGACAGAACAUGGAUGCAGAUACAUUUGCCCAAGCACAGCCCCUUGUCAAAACAAUUCCACCAAUGAAGGCAGGGCUAGUGGUGCCAGGGGAGGAGUCUUCUCUGCUGCUUUCUCCCAGCGCAUUUCAGCAAUCCACUACGAAGGCAACAGAACUGCAGAGAAUUCCCGCCCCUCCGUCCUCGCCUCCUGCCUCUCUGGGGAGCAGAGAGCUGCCACCAGCAGUGUACAGCAAGACACAGCUGCAAGACGUCCUGAUACAUUUGAUAAAGCACGACGCCCGCUUCCUCAGCGCAAUCCACGAGGCCUACUUGCAGACCCUCUCCAAAGACCUGAACAACAUCAAGCUAUAGCCAGCAACCCCGUGGCUCCUGGACUGCACGCUGUCAUCAUCAGCCUCCUGGAUCUGGCCCAGGGGGCUGGCUCUGCUUCUAAGGCAAAGGAAUCUAGACUGCAUUUAGGGUGGAACCCCCUGCAUUUUUGGGUGAACCACACUGGGCCUCUGGCUGUCUUAAAGGCGCAGGCAACUUUCUAUUAGCGCUGCUCUAAAAGGUACACGGGCCACAGGACAGUCAUCGCACAACCACGGCAACGCCUUGGCUUGUUCCGCCUCUGAGCCAGAGUAGCUGGUCACGGCACAAUGAUCUGCAGAUUAAGCUUCUGCCAGUCUGAGCCAUGGGGGAACGGCCUCCCUUCUUUUUCUUUGUCUUUCUUUACCAGAUUCAUUCUAUCAUCGUUUGUUUUUUUUUUUGUUUUGUAUUUUUCUUCAUCUGCUUAAUAUCUUGUGUGUCUUGUGUUUCCCCUGCCACAUCUGUCCCUUCUUUCAGACUUAUGGCUGGUUUUUGCUCACUUUGGUUAACAGGGCCAGGGAUACCUACACUUUUACUUAGUCACGCAUGGGCCCAGGUCUAUGGCACGGAUACAAUAAUGGUGUUUCUGCCCUGAUGGGUUACAGUACGGGUUACAGUACGGUCCGCACUGAGCGCCGAGGUUUGCAGUAUGUUUUACUGCAAUAAGCUUUAUAUGCACUGGACAAUACAAGUACAACUCAUUAUUUAGUAAUGCAUUCAUUUGAUGUUAAUAUAGGCAUAAUGGAUAAAGGAAUAUUUUUUUGUUCCCUGGUGCAUGCCAGUCAUCACUGAUUAUUAGGAGUUUCAGCUGAACUGCAUUAGAGUGGUGUUGACCUUUGCUUUACAAAAAGGAAAUUCAUAGCCUAGUACAAGUUUGUCUUGAAAAGGGAGAUGUAUUUUAAAGCACAUAUACACAAUGCAUCUGGUUGAGCACCAUGGGUUCGCAUCCUUGUAAUGUUUUGUCAAACGCCAAAUGGCUCAUUCAGGGCAGAGUAAACAUAUCUGCAGCGGCAUAACACCAUUCUGGUGUAUUACUUCUUUCUGUGGUAAAGUGCAGUGUUUAAUGCCUCCACUAUGUGGUGCAUAUUUUGUUUUGGUUGGCUUUGCUAAAUCUAGGUAUUAUGUUUUACAUGUUCUCUGUCUAGACAGAUAGAGGCAAACAAAGGCAAUAUGACUUUUUUAAACUGUGAAUUCAUAUGGGUUUUGUUUAGGGUUGUUUUUUCUUUGCUAAAGUAGUUCUAACUUUGAUGAACUACACUUGGAAGAUCUUUUCGUUUUGCACAAAAAUGCCACUUGAAAAGAGAUGCUGGGCACUAACACGGCAUCAAACGGAUUUGUUUUUAAUACUCCACUAAGCAAUGUCACUAAAGCAACCAGAAGCAUCUUUAAGCUGUCCUCACUCUACAGUUGUGUGGAAGCUUCUAGAUGUCACCAUGACGGCUGUUUCCUCUCAUCUUUUUUUUUUUUUUCCCCCACUUAAAGUGACAUGAAAUGCAGUGAUGUACAGUAGUUUGGUUUCUGUUGUGUUCGCUGUCAGAUCACAGGUUUGCCCCUUAUUCAUUUUUCUAUAUAUUUUUUCUUUUUGCUUUCCUUAUUUUGGGGCAGUUUAUAAGGUAAUUAUCAAACAUUCUGGAACACCAUUAUCAAAUAUGUGCUAAAUAUAUCAGAAAGAUUAGAGUUUAGAAAGAUCUUAAAAAGGGGUGAGCCUACACUAUAAGAUCACCACAAUUGGUUUGUUAACGUAAUUUAAUGCUAAAUAAAAAUUCUGACCUGAGCAACUUA